AAGAAGAACCCGCGGCUGUGGCAGUAGAAGGCGGCGGAGAAGAAGAAUGACGAGAAUGCUAAACGGAAAAUAGAAGGACGGAUUGUGUUUAGUGAUCGUUAAAACAACGGCGUUACCUCCAAAUACCCCCUUUUGAAAUCAGCUGCAUCACACACGCUGCACUAUGACAGAGCCCCAGUCAGCUCUCUUACUCAGGAGACAGCUUGCAGAGCUAAAUAAAAACCCAGUGGAGGGAUUUUCAGCAGGCCUGAUUGAGGACAACGAUCUCUACAGAUGGGAAGUCCUUAUCAUUGGGCCUCCAGACACACUAUAUGAAGGUGGUGUGUUUAAGGCUCAUCUGACAUUUCCCAAAGACUACCCUCUCAGGCCACCUAAAAUGAAGUUUAUCACAGAUAUUUGGCACCCUAAUGUUGACAAGAAUGGAGACGUUUGUAUUUCUAUUUUGCAUGAGCCUGGAGAAGACAAGUACGGCUAUGAGAAACCAGAGGAGCGCUGGCUGCCUAUCCACACUGUGGAAACCAUCAUGAUUAGUGUUAUCUCUAUGCUGGCAGACCCAAAUGGAGACUCGCCAGCUAAUGUGGAUGCUGCAAAAGAGUGGAGGGAAGACAGACACGGCGCAUUCAAAAGGAAAGUUGCCCGUUGUGUACGAAAAAGCCAAGAGACUGCAUUUGAGUGAUAUUUAGCAAGGAUCUAGCUCAUAUUUUCAGGGUCUCCAAUUGAAAUCAAAAUGGCACUGUUUCCUGCACUCUUCCACCCUUUUGCCAGGCUUGUCCUUCUCUCUGGCAGGAACAGACUGGCUACUGUACGCUGCAAUAUCAUAUUACAGUGACUACCGAGGCUGACAGAAAAUUGCCGAGCAAGUGCCAACUCAAAGAAACAAACAAAUAAAAGCCCAGAAGAUGUUAAAACAUUUUUCAAGUCUAUGAACUGCUUCAACAUUCAGGAAGAUAUUGUAAAGACAUGUAUAUAGCCAACCUAAACGGGAUAAUAUAUAUAUGCGCCCUUUCCAUCCAUCAAGACAUUUAGACCAAAUAUAUAGUGCUGGUUCGGAUAGAUUUAUUUUUGUCAAUUUUUUUUUUUUCAACUCCAGCAUGCGUUAUCUUUCUUUAGGUUUUUUUUCCACAGGGGUUUUAUAGAGAACGAAUCGCUGGGCUGUUGGAGGAAAGCCACCUGUGAAGAGCUUUUCUGGUUCAAGGAAGACGUGAGGGACUUGCCUGAGGAACACCGCCAUAUUCUGUUCUCAUGGGUUUCUGUAACACUCCCAGUACUCAUUCACACCUGAGGGGUUGUUUUCAUACAUCUCUUUUAAGUAUAACCACCCUGCUAAGUUUGCUUAAGAGAGAUUCCCAUUCAUUUUUUUUUCUGCAUGUUAAAUUAUCUUUUUUUUUUUUUUAAGUGCCUCCUAAUAAAUGCUUGGCCACUUCACCUUGCAUAAACCAAGUGUGAACAUUUUUGAAAAAUAUGGAGAAAUGUCUACCACCCAUAGUGUGGAUUUAUAAUCAGUAUGAAUAGAAUAUUGGUAACAAUUUGCUGUAGCAAUAACCACCAUAGUAUAAAGUGUACAUGUUAAUUUUUGAUAUGCGGAAAAAAUUUGAGAUCCUCUUUCCCAGUAUUUUAUUUUAGCAGCACCUCUCCUCUGUUUUCAUUGUAAGAAUUGUUUAUGCAUGUUUUUUUUUUGUACUUUGUUUUUUUUUGGGGGGGGGUCCUUUUGAGGUUUUUUUUUUUGUGUCCACCAUAUGUGUAUUUUGUUUUUGACACUGUUUACCCUCAUUCACAAUCUCAUGAUUGUUCUGCCCACUUAACUCGUGCUGUUUUGCCCAGUGUACAAAGACAAAAUACUGAUGUAUAUUUUUAAUGUUAUAAAAUCCCUCAUCUGUA